GAAAAAAUAAUGGCAAUGUUAACAUUUAAAGCACAUUUUGAGAAAGUAAUGAUGAAGCUAGUAAACCUCAAAUUACAUCCUGCUUUUGAUUGGACAUUCCCAUGGCUUCCAUAUCUGGUUGCCCCUAGUUACCGGUGAAUCAAGCACCAAGGAAACAAGCGACGGUUGAGACGUUUGUGGAGGAGAUGCAAUUGCCUGUGAUGUUUUUUGAAAUUCAUUGGUGAAAUUGAGUGGACAUAAUUCCUCGUUUUCAUCAAAAGAUCCUGCAGUCAGUGUGCAGCCAUGGAGCCUGCUACGGCCCGGCAACGGGACCAUCUCAGCAAUGUAAUCGCCCAGUGGAAUGCCAACCGGCUGGACCUGUUUGAACUGUCUGAGCCCAAUGAUCAGCUGGAGUUCCAUGGUGUCAUGAGGUUUUACUACCAGGACUCGGGUCAGAAGGUGUGCACCAAAUGUAUACGGGUGUCCUCCACGGCCACCGCCAGAGACGUGAUCGCGGCGCUGGCCGAAAAGUUCCGGCCCGACAUGAGAAUGCUCUCCACUCCCCGCUUCGCCGUCUACGAGAUCCACGAGAGCGGAGAAGAGCGUCAGCUGGACAUGGAUGAGCGACCGCUGCACGUGCAGCUCAACUGGAACCAGGACGACCGCGAGGGCCGCUUCCUUCUCAGAAACCUCGACGAAAAACCCUGGUCCCUGAAUCCGACCAGAGAGCCGACCGGCGGCGGCGGCGACAGCAACUUCAAGCGGAAGCUGAGCCGGAGGGAAAAGAAGCAGAUGAAGAAACAGGACAAGCUGCGACGCAUGCAGAGCAGCAACGAAAACGACCCGGGCGUCGCCGAGAAACUCUAUACCGAGCUGCCGGAGACGAGUUUCACUCGCUCCAUCAGUAACCCGGAGGCAGUAAUGCGGCGCCGGCGGCAGCAGAAGCUGGAGAAGAAGCUGCAGCAGUUCCGCAGCCGGGACGGAGGACCCGACACCGGCGGCACGCUCAAGAUCUACGGCGAGAGUUUGUGCAGCGAGGUUCCGUACAAGACGCUGCUGCUGUCUGUGACGGACACCGCCGCUGUCGUGGUGGCUGAGAUGCUCCAAAAAUACGGACGACACUCGGAGGAUCCCAACAACUACGCUCUGGUUCAGGUGGUGACCCAGGACCCUCAGCCCGAGUCGGCCGAGUACCGCCAGCCGACCGGGCCGUUCAACGAGUUUGUACUGGACGACGACGACUGCCCGCUGGCCAUCCUCAUGAACCAGCCGCCAAUGAGAGGUUCUAUAAUGUUCCACGUGCGCCGGCGCUCGGCCGACUACCAGCCGCGCAAGAGAAAGAAGAAACCGUCGACGCCAGCUAGUCUGUCAGAGGUGGACCACAGCUACCGCGGCCACGACGAGGCCAGCCUGCCGUUCCUGGUGGAGCUGAACGCGGACGGAACAGACAUCCGGUACACGGCACCAAGGCGGUUCAGCCUCCACCUGAACGUCACAGAGGUCGGCUCGGAGCGCUCCAGCCAGGCCGGCGGCCAGUGCCUCCAGCUGGCGGGCCACAACGUGCACCCGCGCCACUGCGUCAUCGCCCACACGGAGGGUAUAGUGACGGUGACUCCGUGUGGACGGGAGGCCGAGACGUACGUCAACGGACAGCGGGUAUACGAGACUACCAUACUACAGCACGGCUCCGUGGUCCAGUUCGGUCGCGUGUACAAGUUCCGCUUCCUCGACCCCAACCAAGAGGAGCGACUUCGCGGAGGUCGACGCGACAGUCUUCGCGGACACGAGUCCUACAUGGAGAGGUCGACCACAUACGCCAGUUACGGACGGGGCAGCGACGCCAUUCUACCGGCCGUGCUCGAGUUUAGGGAAGAGACGGAGGACGCGUUCCUGCGAGCCGUCAUCUCCCAGCUGGACCCGAGCAGCCUGCAGUUCAAACUGGCGCCCACCUAUACGCUCUACAUGUCUGCGAGGUUCCGCGCCAGCACGCACUACCGGAGCGAGCUGACACCCGACGAGCGGGCCACCAAGCUGACCGAGGUGCUGGCCAAGGUGUCGGCCAUGGUGCAGGACGUCAUACAGACGCGGAGACACGACGCCAACUCGCUGGCGUUCUGGAUGGCGAACGCUUCCGAGUACCUGCACUUUUUGAAACAGGACCGGCACAUCAGUCCGUACAGCGUGCUGGCGCAGGAUAUCCUGGCGGAGAGUGUCCAGACCGCCUUCAGGUAUCUCGUGGAGUGUGUGCAGGGCGAGCUGGUCAACUCGAUCAGCCUGUUCCUCGAGGAUAGAGAUGAUGCCAAUGAAGAGGAAGGAACCACGGCAGAGAUACUCAGUAUCCUGGGUAACACGAUGGCACUGCUGCGGCGCUGUCGGGUGAACGCCGCGCUCACCAUCCAGCUGUUCUCACAGCUCUUCCACUACAUCAACAUGAGUGUGUUUAACCGGGUGGUGACGAACGGACCGGUCAACUACUGCAGCAGACUAUGGGGAGUGCGUUUGAAGCGUCGUCUGAGUCGGAUCGAGCUGUGGGCCGACCGGCAGGGUCUGGAGCUGGCCGCCGACUGCCAUCUGGGCCGGGUGGUGCAGGCCGCUCAUCUACUCACGGCGCCGAAGGCCACAGUGGACGAGCUGAGUGUAGUGAGCAGCUCGUGCUACCGACUCAACUCACUGCAGCUCAGGGCGAUACUGAGUCGCUAUCGCCCGGCCCGCGACGAGCCGGCCAUAUCGCCCGACCUCGUGGAGAAUAUCGUCCGGAUGGCCGAGGGCACCUCGGACGAGCUGGCUCGCCAGGACGGCCGGCAGGUGCGACUCGAGGAGGACAGGGACCUGCAGCUGCCGUUCCUGCUCCCCGAGGACGGAUACUCGUGUGAUAUCGUCCGAGGCAUUCCCAACGGUCUGGCCGAGUUUCUGGCGCCUCUGCAGCACGCCGGCCUGGCUCGGAUGAGCGAACAGCCCACCAGCUGGGGCUACUGGACCAUCUACAUGACAGACCAGGACCUUACCAAACUGCAGCAGCAGCAGCAGACCAGUCGCAGCCAGUCGUCUCUCUCCGUUCGCUCCCUGGCCAGCGUCCCUCCGUUUGGCAACGAACAGCCGGUCAUCCAACAGCUGCGACUGCACAAAACCAACACCGGCAUGGGACUCAGCAUUGUAGCGGCCAAGGGAGCGGGUAUGGACCGGCCUGGCAUCUACAUCAAAUCGGUGGUGCGAGGCGGCGCCGCGGACCUGGACGGGCGACUGUCGGCCGGCGACCAGCUGUGUGAGGUGGACGGACAUAGCCUGAUCGGCGUCUCACAGGAACAGGCCGCCGAGUACAUGACCCGCACCGGACCCGUGGUGAACCUGCUGGUGGCCAAACAGGCGGCCGCCUACCACGGUCUAACCACUCUGCUCUCGCAGCCAUCGCCCGUCAUGACCAGAGGCGGGCCUCGGGACAGCAGUAGGGACCCGGCGGCCAUCCACCAGGCCAGGAUACAGGCUUCCAAGUCGGUGCCUUCGCUCAACUCUGCGGCCGGUGGCGGCUCUGAGCUCUCCCCGGUACGGUCCGGCCCGGGCCCCGCGCGGCCGGCCGCCCCUGCCGGACUGUCAGCCGCCGGAGCAGCGCUCGUCACUCCGCCACGACCGAGCCGGGCGCGGUCGGAGCAGAACCUGCACCAGUACCGGUACCAGCCGGUCGGUACUGCGGCUGGUACCGCGGGAGGUACCGCGCCGUACCGCCACCCGCCCACCGAGACGCCGCCGGGACAGCAGUCGCUGCGCUACCCGCCCUCGCCGGCCAGACACCAACACCACGGCUCGCUCCAUCAGCUGCCGGAGACACCACCGCGGCACCAGCACCACGGCUCGCUGCACCAGCACCACGGCUCGCUGCACCAGCUGCCGGAGACGCCGCCCCGACACCAGCACCAGUCGUCGCUGCACCAGCCGGAGCCGGCGUCACCACUGGUGCACUACCAGUACCAGCCGCCCGGGGCGCCGCCACAGAUGGCGAUGGCUCGCUCAGUGUCUGAGCACGACCACCUGCGCUACCUGCCGAUGGACAACACGAGCUCCAACAACCUGCUGCUGCGCCACUCGACCGUCGGCGGGACUCCGGAGAGACACUGGCAGCCUCAGAUCUCCUCGCCGGGGCCCACACCGGCACCGGCCGACCGGGUCAACGGACGGCUGAACGGGCUGUCGUCCAGUGACGGCGGCAGCAGCACGGGCGGCGGCACCGGCUCCGGUCCCGGCUCCGGCUCCGCGCUCGACGCCCGCCAGCAGGAGAUCCGGCGCAUGCAGCAGGAGUUGGAGGAGGCGCAGGCGGCCGAGCGGCGCAUCCUGCAGGAGGCGCAGCGGCGCCAGGCGCAGGAGCAGGCCGGCCAGCGGCUGGACGCUGUGCUGGCCACGCCGCCGCCGCCGCCGCCGCCCGUCCGCUCUGUGUCGUAUUCUAUCAUGGCGGCGGCGGUGGGCGGCGGCAGUCCGGCGGGUCAGCAGAACGGUCAGCCGGCGGCGGCGCGCCGAGUGCAGUUUACAGAGCCGGAGUCGCCGCCGUCACCGCAGCCAGAGGAGGAGACAGAGACGGAGCAGCGGCCCGAACAGCCGCCCGUGACGCUGAACGUGGUGUCCACACCGGGGGUCAUCGGCGCCCAGGAGGUGUACAGGGACCCGCGCACUCGCCGUCUGGCCCAGCUGGAGAACAGCCACCAGCGGCCGGCCGGCAGUCCGCUCCCCGAGCGGCUCUCAUUCAAAGAGAAGAUGAAGAUGUUCGCUGUCGAGUCGGGCGAGCCGGGAACGCCCAAUCAACGCUCGACAAGCAGCAGCCGACAGCGAGAGAUUGAACUGAAGGCUGGCGGCCGGGCGGCGCCCUGAGUCGUCGCUGUAGAGUUUCAGAGAGUACAUGAGUGAGUGAGAGUGAGAGUGGAGUGAGCCUCGUCAACUGUCUAUGCAGGACGGAGACUGCGGGAUUAGUUCUUCUGUGGCUGACUUUUGGAGGUGUGAGUGAUGAGUUUUCCGGUCAUGAGAUGGUCCAACUGAGUGAUUUGUGGUUCUCUGCGACCUUGUAUGAACUGCAAGAACCGUGAGCGGUUGAGUCGUCACCGCCGCUCGCAAUCCGGACGUUGAUGCAGUGUGUUAGAGGACCCCCGGGUUAAGACAACGGGGCCAGCCUGUGGUCAGUAUACUGUAAUACGUUUUGUUACGAUGCUUUGUCGAGGUCUGUGCACUGUAUGAUGCGGCGGUGAAAUGUUUGUCGAUGUCGGGAUUCCUGUUUCUGGCCCAAGUAGGACUAUGAUGCACUGCUAGCAGGUUCUAAGUUAUUGUCCGUCUUGGGAUCGUGUUUUAGCAGUGUUGUCUCAUAUUCAUGCGGUAUGAAAGCAAUUGCGGAGAAUCUUAGUUUUGUGUACCCCUUCCAUUGGAGAUUUGGUCCUUGCCGGUUAGAGUACCGGACUUUUGCCGGUCGCAAUUCCGCAGCUGUAGGCAGCACCGUUCCGCCGGCAAUGGCAGUCUCUGUCCGCCCGCACCAGCCGCAAUGUGUUCUCAUUUGUACCCGAAGAUCUGUCAUUCCAUGACAGUAUCUAGGUCUGACAUGUCAUCUCGUUUCUCUGUCCGUCAUAUCUCUGAGUGAUCUAUCAUGUGAUCUCGUCCUAUCGGACAUAUCUGUGGUCGACUGUGUGUCUGUUUCAACUCCGUCACACUAGUGGCAGCUUGUCUCGACUUGUGAACUCGCGGCCACUGAUACGGUCCCUCUGCGAUAUUCCCUCCUAUGUGCCCCUAUGGCUGUGCUUGAGCCGUCUUGCCCUUGUCAUUUUGUAGAGCCGAAACGACAAUUCCAGUCGCUCUUGUUUUAUUCCACUUACCUUAGAUGACGUUUUGAGAUUCCCUGUUGUAUAGCAAUAGGAUGCAGAGAUUUGUGGCUUUUGCAUGGUUAUUUAUUGCUGCCUGACGAUUUUGUCUCACUCACGGUCACGGCUUGUGAUUGAGUUGUCAGGUCGUCCACUCCCAGUCUGAUCAUGUUGACAGUGACGCCGCUGGAGUGACGUCACGUCACGCGGCAGUGGAUUAGCUGCACGUCACACUCGAUAUCACCCGCGCGCGCCUCACAUUCACCUCACGUCACACGCGCGUUACACACGUCAUCCUCAUAGUGCACGUCCCGCGCACCCCGCGCCGCGCACCGACCGCGACGCGAAUCGGGAGAGAGAAUUGUUAUUGCUGAGCAAAUACACGAAAACACACGACU